UUGUAAGCUGAUUAGCUGGCUGCUCCAUCCCACGCUGCUCCUGGAGGGAGGAGAUUUGGAGCUAAAAUAACCCCUAAGUCCUCUCAGCAACAUGUUUACAGGUCAGGUUAACACACACAAACACACACACAUUCAUAAAGUGAGGCAUCACUGUAGCUCUCAGGUGGAGUAGAAUUUAAAUUAGCUCUUUCUGUGAGUCUGUCUCUCUCUUUCCCCUGUCACAAAUCAAUCAGGUAGAACGAGAGAGGUCGGCUUCAGCUUUUUUUGGGGGAUGUGACGACCAGCUCUGCAGCUGAAGUCUAAGUUCUUAGCCGGGAUACUUAACCUGAUUCAUGCAUGUGUCUGUAGGAGCGUGCAUACGAGCUCUGGAACGGGUCUUAUUCUUUGUUUCCAUGCCGACCCUCAGGAUGGUGUGAGUGUGUUGUCUUCGGUGGGCUGAAGGCAGCGAGGUAUCCCGCAGUCCUGAGCACUGCUAGCAUGCCUGUGCAUCAGAUAUCCGUUGUGCCCAUCGCCAAGGAGACUACCAAUAGUUCCAGCCGGAAUAGAGACAAGAGUAAAGAGAAUGAGGCACCUAGACGAUCAGGGAGUCGAUCCAGCAAUAUAUCUAAGGCGAGCAGUUCCACCCCAGGAGCCGUGCUGAACAGUGUCUCUCAAACAUCAGUUACACCGUCCUCACAGGACAUAUGCAGCUCUAGUGGUCGAGCUAAACUUGAAGUAGAUGGCUCAGAUCAGACUACACCCAUCAUGCCCAUAAACCCCGCCUCCGACUCCGCCCCCAACGCAAAGCGGCAAGUCAAACGCCGUAUCCGCCGGCGACGGGAGAGCACCGGGAACGUUGGGUGUACAACAGAGUGUGUGGAUCAACCGAGACAUUCACGGUUGCGUAAGCAAACACACACACACUCUGACUCCUCCUCAGAGGACGAGCAACGCUGCCGAGAAGCUCGCUCCUGGAGCCACCAGAAAGCACGACGGAGACGCAGCGGCGGCCAACACAUGCAAGCACGUUCCCGUGAGAAACGGGACACCACUAAGCUCAUGUCUGUAAACUCAGAUGAGGAACAGAAAGAGAACCAGCCACCACUGUGCAAGGGCUCCAACACCAGGGCCCAUAAAAAGAUGUCAAAAUGGGAGCAGCGUAGAGGCCAAAACCAGGCAGCCAAUCACAGAAAAGGGAAUGAGCUUGGUAAUAAUAGGACCGCCAAUGAAGAGGAAGAGCCUAUUACAAAGACGUAUGAGGAAAGAGGUUCAGGAGAUCCAAAUAUGUCUGUCCCGUCCCCUUGUAAAUGCACUAUUCCUAUCAAUCAAAAUGGUGCCACGCAACAAGCAUGCACUGAUGAUGAGCUAGAGGUGUGCAGGAUCUGUCACUGUGAAGGUGACGAGGAGUGUCCGCUCAUCACCCCUUGCCAUUGCACAGGAAGUUUGCGUUUUGUGCACCAGGGCUGCCUGCACCAGUGGAUCAGGAGCUCCGACACACGCUGCUGUGAGCUGUGCAAAUAUGACUUCAUCAUGGAGACACACCUCAAGCCUUUGCGCAAGUGGGAAAAACUACAGAUGUCUACGAGCGAGCGGCGGAAGAUCUUCUGUUCUGUGACUUUUCACCUGGCUGCUGUGGUGUGUGUCAUCUGGUCACUCUACGUUCUGAUUGACCGCACAGCUGAAGAGAUCCACCAAGGCAAGGACAAUGCCUUGGUGCGUUUGUCCCCUCUCAAUGCAGUAGGGGUGCUGGAUUGGCCGUUCUGGACCAAGCUCAUCGUGGUGGCGGUUGGCUUUGCUGGAGGACUUAUCUUCAUGUACAUUCAGUGCAAAGUCUACCUGCAGCUUUGGAGGAGGCUGAAGGCUUUCAACAGGAUCAUCUUUGUACAGAACUGCCCCGAUACCAUCCGCAACGGAGAGAACAGGCCGCCCCCAGUCACCCAGAGCAACGGGACACCGGAGGCUCCCGCUCCUCAGACACAAACAAACACAGGAGUGGAAAUGGCCCCUGUUUGACGAUGGAUGCUUGCUACUCUGAAUCUCAGUAGUUGAAAAGUUUAGGAAAGGGCUUCUGGUGUAUUUGACAGAAUUGAUGUGAUUUAUAUAAAACAAAGGCACUUUUUAAUUUUUAUUAGCGGGUGGGUAAACUUAUGUAAAAAGUUCAUAUAGGGCGGUCAAAUUAUAACAUUAAAGGAAUGGCUCAAUGACAAAAUCUUUAUUUUGGGAUAAACCAUUCUUUUAGUUGUGAGCAAUUUGCUAUAUACAAAACAUUAUCACAUUUGAUCCAUUCUUAAAUAGUGUAAUAAGGUAUUUCCCUAUUAUCUGAGCCAUUUAAGCUUUAACAACCUUCAAUCAUUAAGUCGAUUAAAAAGGCAAGACACUAUAAUCAAAAAUAUUUUUCAAGCACUGGUCAAUGCUGAGAUUUUGACCAAUUUGGCUUUCCAUAAUGUUUCAGUAUAGGGUGACAUCAGAAAUACACAUUUCAGUGUUUCUUGCACUUUCAAUUACAAAACAUAUCUUUCAAGGCCUUUUUUCAAAGAGUUUUUUAUGAGUUACUACAGGUUUGUUCAUGUAUUAGUUGCCUGUAUUUAUACAAUAAUUUACUCCUAAAAACAUGGUUAAAAACAUUAUUUUUUUGACUGUUGACAGUGUUUUCUGAUUUAUUAAGUGAUAAACAGAGAUGUUCAGAAUCCCCCCAGUAAUCUUUGACUGUGUCAACAAAAUGAAACAAGAAUUUUGAUCCUGGUUUUAGCUAAUGUUUGGAUUUCUAUUCUGUAUAUUAGUGCAUAUUUAGUUACAUUUGUAUUUUCAAACAUAACAUUUCAGAAAACUUAUUACAAAACAGAUUUUUUUUUUUUAUGUAAACAAUCAACGAGAAGUUUGGUGAUAUCUAAAAGAUUAGCAAAAAUUUCCAUUUAGUCACUCUCGGGUUAUUCAAGAUGUAGAUUAAUUUGUUUCAUCUCAUUACAUCUCUUGCUCUGCAGUGAAUGGGUGCUGUCUGAAUGAGUCCAAACAGCUGAUAAAUUUCUGUUUUGAUGAAGAAACGAACUCAUCUACAUCUCAGAUAGCCUGAUAAUGAGUAGCUUUUCAGCAAAUUUGUAUUUUGGGAAGAACUAAUCCUUUAAUUGUGUUAUCCUUUUCACCUGGGGUGUCUUGCCUUAAUCAACUGGCAGCCCUGUUCUAAAGCCUACAUACCAUAUAUUACUGGUUAGAUCUAAGCA